AUGGCUUCUAAGAAGUUGGGAUCUGAGUCUCAUGGUCCUUUCAGUUAUCUUGAUGAUGUCCCAUUUAAGAUAGGAGACAAAUUCAAAACCCCAGCAGAGGUUGGAUUACCCAUUGGUUUCAGCCUGCCUGAUUCUUCUAAGCUUGUCAGAGAAGCCCAGUAUGACUUCUCACUGGAAAGGAAAACAAUCAAAUGGGCUGAAGAUAUAAAAAAAAUUGAAACUGCACAGAGAGAAGCUGAACACAAGGCAGAAGAAGUGCUAGCAAACUCAAAAGCGGUUCCAGAGGACAUCACCAAAUUGGGGUUCUCAGAGGGACCUUGCCCUAAAGUCAUGCCUCCUCCUAUUAACCCCAUCCUUGCUAGCCUGCAGCACAAUAAUAUUCUUACUCCCACACCAGCCAACAGCAGUGCUGUGAAGCAAAAGGUUCUCAGUCCACCUCAUCCAAAAGCAGACUUCAACCCAGCUGAUUUUGAAUGUGAAGAAGACCCUUUUGACAAACUGGAAUUAAAAACUAUCAAUGAUAAGGAGGAAUUAAAAAAUAUUCUUGAAAUUCACGUUGGUACUACUGGGCCAAUUGUUGCCCAGCUAUUAGAUAAUACUUUGCCCAAAGGAGAGUCCGUGUUGCAAGAUGAGAAAGUCCUGACAUCCAUAGAAAGGGCUACGCUGGACUUCAAACCCCUUCACAAACCCAAUGGCUUUAUCACUUUACCGCAGUUGGGAAACUGUGAAAAGAUGUCCUUGUCUACCAAAGUGUCCCUGUCCCCUAUCACUUCAGUGAGCAACAUCAAAUCCCUGUCCUUUCCUAAACUUGACUCUGAUGAGAGUGAUCAAAAAUCAUCAAAGCUCAUGAGCACUUUCCACAACACUACCUGUCUCUGCAACGGUGCUUUGCUCAGUUCUUUGCAGACCUGCACUGAGAGUAAAGCCAAUGAACUGAAUGGACACCAUCUGGUUGGUCUUUCUGCUCUAAAGGAGGACAGUGGCAUGGAGACAUCAACAUUAUCCUCUUCAUCCAGGCUGCCUUCCCUGGCUGCAUCAACAGUUUGUACAGAAGAACCAUCUCAAAGCACAGCAACUAUGGUAACGCAUCAAAAUUUUCCCGUGUCUAAAGUGCCCAAUAACACCAACUGCACAAAGCGGUCAGGUGGCCCCGCUCCUGAACUACAGCAGGCCCUCUCUGCUAGCGAGAGGCAGUGCGUAGAGACGGUUGUCAACAUGGGGUAUGCACCUGAGGACGUCCUGAAAGCCAUGAAGAAGAAGGGGCAGAACAUAGACCAAGUUUUGGAUUACCUGUUUGUACAUGGACAGCUUUGUGAGAAGGGCUUUGAUCCACUUCUUGUUGAAGCAGCUUUGGAAAUGCACCAGCGUUCAGAGGAGAAGAUCACAGAGCUUCUCCAACUAAUGAGUCAAUUUAAAGAAAUGGGCUUUGAACUAAAAGACAUUAAGGAGGUCUUAUUAUUACAUAACAAUGACCAACAGAAUGCUUUGGAAGAUCUAAUGGCCCGUGCAGGAGCCAGCUGAAAACACAU